AUGCUGCGCAAGCUCACCCUCGACCAGAUCAACGACUGGUUCACUAUCGGCAAGACCGUGACGGAUGUGGAGCUGCUGGGCUCGCCGCCCGCCUUCCCGGCCGAGGCGGCCAGGGACGGGGCGCAGCGCACGGCUGCGGCCUCCGGCUUCAGCCCCGCAGCCGGGGCCCAGGCCCAGGCCCAGCCAGCGGCGUCCCGGAGGCCACUUACCCAGAAGAGCUCAGAAACGGAGUAUAUUAACAAAUAUAGACAACUCGAAGCACAAGAAUUGGAUAUGUGUGGUGGUGAUCAGUCCACCAGUGGGCCAGGUCCAAGGCCAUCUUUGGCUAAACUAAGCAAUGUGGAAUGCAUCCCAGAGACAACUUACAAAUAUCCUGAUUUGCCUGUAAAUCGAUGUAAGGAAGAGGUUCUUUCUCUGAUAGAAAGUAAUUCCGUGGUGAUCAUCCAUGGUGCCACGGGUAGUGGCAAAAGCACUCAGCUGCCACAGUAUAUCCUGGACCAUUAUGUUCAGCGCUCUGCCUACUGCAACAUUGUGGUCACCCAGCCCCGGAAGAUUGGGGCCAGCAGCAUCGCCAGGUGGAUAAGCAAAGAGCGCGCCUGGACGCUGGGUGGUCUGGUGGGCUAUCAGGUAGGGUUAGAGAAAAUAGCAACAGAAGACACCAAGUUAAUUUAUAUGACAACGGGUGUCCUGCUUCAGAAAAUAGUCAGUGCUAAGAGUUUGAUGGAAUUCACCCAUGUCUUCAUUGAUGAGGUACACGAGCGAACUGAGGAGAUGGAUUUCCUGCUGCUGGUAGUCCGCAAACUUCUGAGAACAAAUUCGCGUUUUGUGAAGGUAAUCCUAAUGUCGGCCACCAUCAACUGUAAAGAGUUUGCAGAUUACUUUGCUGUUCCUGUCCAGAACAAGAUGAACCCUGCGUACAUUUUUGAAGUGGAAGGAAAGCCCCAUUCCAUCGAAGAGUAUUAUCUUGACGAUUUGGAGCACAUCCACCACGGCAGGCUUUCUCUUCAUGUCCUGGAGGAGCCGGUGAUUACUAAGGACAUAUACGAAGUCGCCGUCUCCCUGAUCCAGAUGUUCGAUAACCUGGAUGUGAAGGACAGCGGGAACAAAGCCAGGUGGGGCACCCAGCUCGUGCUGGAGCGCAGCAGCGUGUUGGUGUUUUUGCCAGGUCUGGGUGAAAUAAACUAUAUGCAUGAACUUCUCACAAACAUAGUUCACAAAAGGUUACAGGUUUACCCGCUCCAUUCAAGUGUGACUUUAGAAGAACAGAAUAAUGUGUUUCUAAGUCCAGUUCCCGGGUACAGAAAGAUUAUUCUGUCCACCAACAUCGCGGAAAGCUCCGUCACAGUUCCGGAUGUUAAGUACGUUAUAGAUUUUUGUUUGACUAGAACUCUGGUUUGUGAUGAAGAUACGAAUUAUCAGAGUCUGCGAUUGAGCUGGGCCUCUAAAACCAGUUGUAAUCAGAGAAAAGGCCGUGCGGGAAGAGUGUCUAAAGGCCACUGCUAUAGACUGAUCCGCAGGGAUUUCUGGGACAGCUCCAUCCCUGAUCACGUUGUCCCUGAGAUGUUGCGUUGUCCAUUAGGAAGCACAAUACUGAAAGUGAAAUUACUGGACAUGGGUGAACCAAGAGCUUUGCUGGCAACGGCCCUUUCUCCCCCUAGUCUGAGUGACAUUGAACGAACCAUCCUUCUGCUAAAGGAGGUCGGAGCGCUUGCAGUGAGUGGGCAGAGAGAGGACGAGAGCCCCCACGAUGGCGAGCUGACCUUCUUAGGAAGAGUUUUGGCCCAGCUUCCUGUUAACCAGCAGCUCGGUAAACUCAUAGUCCUUGGUCACGUGUUUGGGUGUCUCGACGAAUGUCUCAUUAUAGCCGCAGCACUUUCCUUGAAGAACUUUUUUGCGAUGCCUUUUAGGCAGCAUCUUGAUGGAUACAGGAACAAAGUGAAUUUCUCCGGCAGCAGCAAGAGUGACUGCAUUGCACUUGUUGAGGCGUUUAGAACUUGGCAGGCUUGCAGACAGAGAGGAGAGCUUCGGCACCCGAAGGAUGAACUUGACUGGGGACGGUUAAAUUACAUUCAAAUCAAGAGAAUUAGAGAGGUGGCUGAGUUAUAUGAAGAAUUGAAGAAUCGGGUCUCACAGUUCAACAUGUACGUGGACUCUCGGCGGCCUGUCGUGGACCAGGAGUACGUCUAUAAGCAGCGGUUCAUCCUGCAGGUUGUAUUGGCAGGUGCUUUUUACCCAAAUUACUUCACUUUCGGACAGCCUGACGAGGAGAUGGCGGUGAGGGAACUGGCCGGCAAAGACCCGAAGACCACCGUCGUGCUGAAGCACCUCCCUCCCUACGGAUUUCUCUACUAUAAACAACUACAGUCUCUCUUUAGACAGUGCGGUCAAGUCAAAUCCAUUGUAUUUGAUGGGACAAAAGCCUUUGUGGAGUUCUCACGUAACCCAACAGAGAGGUUUAAAACCCUCCCUGCGGUGUACAUGGCGAUCAAGAUGUCUCAGCUGAAGGUCGCCCUGGAGCUGAGUGUCCACUCAGCGGAGGAGAUUGAGGGCAAGGUGCAAGGAGGGCCCGUCUCCAAGCUCAGGAACACAAGGGUGAAUGUGGACUUCCAGAAGCAGACAGUCGAUCCUAUGCAAGUCUCAUUUACGACAUUAGACAGAUCCCAGACGAUUAUGGAUCUCCUCUUAACAAUUGAUGUCACAGAGGUGGUUGAGGUGGGACACUUUUGGGGAUACAGGAUCGAUGAAAAAAACUCCAAGAUCCUGAAAAAGCUUACUGCUGAAAUAAACCGACUGAAGUUGGUUCCCUUGCCCAUCCACCCACACCCAGACCUGGUCUGCCUCGCUCCUUUCGCCGAGUUCGAUAAAGAAAGCUACUUCAGAGCUCAAAUCCUGUAUGUUUCCGGGAAUUCUGCUGAGGUAUUCUUUGUAGACUACGGCAACAGGUCUCACGUGGAUCUGGACCUUCUAAUGGAGAUUCCCCAUCAGCUGCUGGAACUCCCAUUUCAGGCGUUGGAAUUUAAGAUCUGCAAGAUGCGCCCGUCCGCCACGUCCCUCGUGUGCGGCGAGCGCUGGAGCGCCGAGGCCGGCCGCCGCUUUGCCUCCCUGGUGAACGGCUGCGCCCUCCUCGUGAGGGUCUUCUCCGUGGUGCACGGGGUCCUGCACGUGGACGUGUACCGCUGCGCGGGGGCCCCGGCCGCCAUCAGCGUGAGAGACAUCCUCAUCCAGGAGGGCCACGCCGAGCUCGCCGAGGAGCCCUAUGAGUCCAGACAAAGCCACGAGGCUCUCAAGGGUCUCCUCUCCAAGCCCGUGGAAACCGUAGCUGACGCAUCCGUGUCGUCACCUGUGAAAGAUGAAGAGAAGUACCUGAUACAGAUUUUGUUGGAGAGCUUUUCUUCUAAUAAACUGGGCACCCCCCACUGCAAGGCAAUGCUUCACGGGCCUUUUAACCCUUAUGAACUGAAGUGUCAUAGUUUGACCAGAAUAUCCAAGUUCAGGUGUGUAUGGAUCGAGAAGGAAAGCAUCAACUCUGUCAUCAUCAGCAACGCGCCCGAGGACCUUCAUCAGAGGAUGCUGGUUGCAGCCUCCCUCUCGGUCAACGCAACCGGGUCCACCAUGCUGCUGAGAGAGACGUCUCUGAUGCCGCACAUCCCCGGCCUCCCGGCCCUCCUCAGCGCGCUGUUCGCACCCGUGAUGGAGCUCAGGGUUGAUCGGGAUGGAAAAAGCUAUACUGGAAUCCUUUGUGGUCUGGGGUGGAAUCCAACCACGGGAGCCCCUAUCCUACCAGAGCAUGACAUUGAGCUAGCAUUUGACGUCCAGUUCAACGUGGAGGACAUCAUAGAGAUUAAUAUUCUCAGGGCUGCUAUUAAUAAGCUGGUGUGUGAUGGACCAAAUGGAUCGGAGUUUCUUGGGCCAGAAAGAGUUGCACAGUUACAGGAUAGCGCUCGUCAGAAACUUCUAGGUUUGUUCUGUCAGUUGAAACCAAGGCAGAGGAUCGUCCCUAAGUGGCACGAAAAGCCGUACGAAUGGAAUCAGGUGGAUCCAAAGCUGGUCAUGGAGCAGGCUGACCGAGAGAGCAGCCGAGGGAAGAACACCUUCCUCUACCAGCUUCACAAAUUGAUUGUUCUCAGUGCCUAGGUGUGCCAGCAGGCUGUGCCCCGGCUCCUCUCUGAGGGACCGGAUCCGCCACAGAGCGGGCCAUUAAAGGCUCCGUCUGCAGACUGACUUUUCUCUGUAUCUGAGCAUUACAGCCUUUGGCUACUGCAUCCAAAAGGUCUUCCCCAUCCUGGUUCCUCUUCUCUGUGGGUGGUGGCUGGAGAGUGGUAUUUCUGUUCAGGUGGGAAGGAUUGGAAAGUCUAGUCUUUUCAAGAAAUAGAAAAUCACCAUGUUAAAGAUUCUGGGAUAAAACCAUCCUGAAAGAAGGCUUUGUUUGGAAAAAGAGCUAUAUUUUGCUUUAAAUUUGUUAAAGAGGUAUAGCUGAUCUUGCAUGUAAGGUUCCAGAAUGUGCUAGUGUGUUCUAUUUUGUUAUAGUGAUUUAAACCUGGGAUACAGGCAGAACCACAAACACCAAACCCCACAGUGGGGAGCUGCGUGUUUCUCAAAACCAUGUGGCAUUCUCUAAUUUUCUUUUCCACGAGGGAAAAUAUUUAAUUUUGGUAAAACUAACUUCAGUGUGUACAUUUUACAUUUUUACUUACAUUGCAAUUUUGAGUCCAGAUUUUGGAAAUCAGAGAGAUCACCUGGCAACUAGUAUUAAUCUGUGUUAAAGCAAUAAAAGCAUUAGACUUCA